AUGUCAAAUGGCACACGUCAGGGUUGUCCACUCUCCCCUCUGCUGUUUAUUCUUUGCCUGGAGCCACUGGCCACAGCCAUUAGGUCGAAUCCGGAUAUUCGCGGGAUACAUUCCCAUACCCAUGAGUACAAAUUAUCGCUGUUUGCAGACGACAUCCUCCUCACACUCACGAGUCCCUAUACUUCUUUACCGAUUUUGCAUCAGAUCUUGAAACGAUUUGGGGCUAUUUCAGGUUACAAAAACAAAACAAUGGUGACUGAGUUAUUUCUUGUAGGGUUUGGCAAUCUCCAACACAUAAAAAAUAUUAUCUUUGUUUUGUUCCUCGUUGUAUAUUUGACUACAGUAACAGGGAACAUGUUAAUUAUAACCUUGAUAUCUACCAGUCCAAGACUUCAUCCUCCCAUGUACUUCUUUAUUUGUAACCUAUCUGCCUGUGAAAUAUUUAUUACCACCACGAUCACACCUAACAUUCUGUACAUUUUAUGGGGGAAUGGUGGCUCCAUGUCAUUCUAUGGUUGUAUCGUUCAGCACUACCUGGGAGCUUCAUCAGGUACAGUAGAGGGUCUUCUUUUAAUGGUUAUGGCGUACGACAGGCAUUUGGCUAUUUGUAACCCUCUGAGAUACUCUUCCAUCAUGAAUAUUAACACUCGCAACCAUCUGGUGGCUUGGGCUUGGGCGGUUGGAUUUACAGUGAUGGUCACGUUAACAAUUACGAUCUGCCACCUACAGUUCUGUGGUUUGAACAUUAUUGACCACCUCUUUUGUGAUCUGGCUCCACUUCUGCAGCUGUCUUCUUCAGACACAUCAUUGAUAGAGAUGGAGGUUCUCUUCAUAACCUUGUUUCUGAGCAUUGUUCCAUUUAUCUUGAUCAUUGUGAGCUAUAUCUCCAUAUUUUCCACUAUCCUGAGAAUUUCCACCAGAUCUGGAAGACAGAAAACCUUCUCCACAUGCAGUUCACAUCUAGCUUCUGUCUCUAUGUAUUGUGGAUCAGUAUUUAUUACUUAUAUGGUUCCUUCACAGCAAAAUUUGCCAAAGUUAAACAAGGUGCUCUCUCUGUUAUACACGGUUGUGAUUCCUCUUCUUAAUCCCAUGAUUUAUAGCUUACGAAAUCAGGAAAUGAUGGAUUGUUUUAGGCAUUAUUUUAAAUUUAUUAGUGUACGAUAG